AUGAGCCACAUCUCACAUCAUCUACAAGAAUCUGAGAACGCUGUCCUAGUGGAACAUUUCUUCAACGCCCGCGGGAGUGGCCUCGAAAAGACUUUUCUGGGAUUACUUCGAUCUUUAAUUUACCAACUCGUGAGCGAAGUCCCGGAGCUUUAUAGUGCAUUUGUCCCCAUCUAUCACAAAAAGGACAUGAUUCAAGGACGGUGGGAAUGGCGACAAAACGAGCUCAGAAACUUUUUGCGGUCUGAACUGAAACGCUCUAAGCUAAGAAUCAUCAUCUUAGUAGACGCAAUAGACGAGUGUAGUCUUGAUGAGAUAGCGUCGGUCGUGUCAUUCCUUGAAGACUUAAGUUUGGACGCAGUGGAAGCUGGCUUCAAUCUCCGGAUCUGCUUGUCCAGUCGCCCUUACCCUAACAUCAGUAUGAGAAAGCACUUGGGAUUUACUCUUGACGGCAACGCUGCGCACGAUGAAGAUAUCAAAAUAUAUGUCCGAGCUAAACUAAAGUGGGAAAAUCUAGAGAUAGAGAAUAAGGUUCUCCAAAAGGCACAUGGUGUCUUCCUCUGGGUUGCCCUCGUUGUUGCAAUGCUCAAUGAAGCCGUCGAACGUGGACGUCCCGAAGAUAUGCAGAAGACGCUGGAAGACACUCCAAGUGAUCUCGACAAGUAUUUCGAAAGGAUUAUCUUUGGCGAUCCAGAAAAGAAUCCUGAGACACUUCUCAUGUUUCAACUUGUUCUAUUUAGCAAAGAAGAGUUAACUCCUGCAGAGCUAGUGUUUGCUGUGAUCGCCAGACUUCAAGAGGUCUACCUGAAACCCAGGCGUCAAUCCAGAAUGACUGAUGCCAUGCUGAAAGCCCGGAUCGUCGAUUCAUCUAAAGGAUUGAUUGAAGUAUAUAGGGAGAGGAGAGUACAAUUUAUACAUCAAACUGUUACAGACUUCUUUCUUCGAAACAGAAGACUCGAGAGACUUUAUGCUACGUCCGAGCCAGACGCCAUAGCCGSGAGCCAUGACCGACUAAGAGCUUGCUGCCUAGACUAUAUCUUGAAAUUUCCAAUCGACUCUCAAUCGCACAAUGGCUGGUCCGCUGAGGAAUUGAAAAAUGAGUAUCCAUUUCUCAACUACUCCGCAAUGUAUCUAUUAAGCCAUACUGAAGCCGCAAUAGAAGGUCAUCAGUUGGGCAUUGAGAGUGCGAAAUGGCUUCUAUCACCAGAUCCUUGGUUCCAAACCUGGAAGCGCGUUGUGUCUGCCGUCGAGUCGACCUGGUAUCUCCAUGGCGAUCUCAACGUCGGCUUAGUAUACGUUCUCCUCCUUCAUAAUUUUCAUAAUUCUCUUGCGGUGGUCUUGAGGCGCGGUGAUGUGGAUGUCAAUACCCAGGCAGGAUUCUUCAACAAUGCGUUACAGCUUGCAUGUGCCCAAGGAAACCACAGUCUUGUUUCUAUGAUCCUAAAGAGAGGCGCUGAUUUGAAUGCUUCGGGUGGACAUUACGGAACUGCACUCCAGGCAGCAGCUGCUCGGGGGAACAUUCGCAUUCUGAAAACUCUGCUUGAAAGAGGUGCUAAAGUGGAUAUUUCCGGGGGCAUUUAUGGAAGUGCUCUUCAAGGUGCCGCACAUAAUGGCAACCUAGAAGCCGUCAACCUCCUUUUAGAACAGGGUGCCUUGGUAAAUUCCCAGGGUGGCAUAUAUGGCAGUGCGCUACAUGCAGCUAUGGAGCCCCGAAAAACCGAGAUUUUCCAACGCUUGCUACGGGCAGGAGCUGAUGUGAAUAGCUGCGGUAGGAUAUACGGAUCUUGGUUGGAUCUAGACGGAAUGAUUGAUCGGUAUCUUAAAUUCGUCCGGUCAUUUUCAUUUUCAUCUUCAUUUUCACCUAUAUUGAAGGGUACAGCUUUUAGCCUUGAGAAUAGUCCAUCAAUAGUUUGGGCAGCGAGAAAUUUGGAUUAUGAUCAAGUCAAGCUACUUCUUGAGAAUGGUGCAAAUGUGAAUGCUGCCAGUGGGCCCUGGAAAUCCGACGUUCCUGUGGUGUUCCGAAUGGACCACACCGGAUCUUUUAAUUUCGAAUUAGGUAUGACAGCCCUGAUCUGGGCAGCUCGAAACGGAAGGAGAGACAUUAUUGAGCUCCUACUGGAAUAUGGGGCUGAUAUAGAGGCACGUACAUCCUCUGGCCAAACAGCGCUUCUAGCUGGAUCAGAGGCUGGGCAUGAAGGAGCAGUGAGGUUUUUGAUCGAGUGUGGGGCUGAUCCAUUUACAAAGGAUAAUUCUGGACAGAACGCUUUGUUCAAAGCUGCCGCUAAUGGUCAUGUAAAUGUCAUGCACCUUUUUCUCGGCCACGAGGGUUUCCACGACAUCCAGAAUCAGAAUGUGAGAGACCCCAAUGUGAUCAGAUAUCUAAAUCGAAAUAUCAAAACAAUCAUUGUCAAUGGCGGAUUUUUCACAUACCGGCCCUUCGACAACAGUAACUAUUCAAUUCAAUGUCUGGUCAUGAAUGGGGGCUUUUUAUACUAUCAGAAUAGCGUUUCUAUUCAGAGCUUUCAAAUCAAUGGCGGUAUCUGCUAUUUUGAUAUGAAUAAUGGCCUCGACAUUCGAAAGCUUGAGGUGAAUGGUGGCUCUUUUCAUUUGAUGGUACAUAGCGGGAAUGUGCGUAUCAGCAGCCUCGAGUUAAAUAAUGGACACCUAUCCAUUUCUGCACAGCGUGUGAAUUUCGAUGAAGUUUCAUUACUGGGAGGGUCAUUCAUUUGCAAUUCGAGGUCGAAAAUCUAUGCUGAGCAUGUCAAGAUGGGCAACACCCUUUCGCAUUCUUCUGACAGACAGAGCACAGCAGGUCCACUGUCCACCGGUGGCCUGCCAGAUAUGUAUAUAGAGAAUUCAAAAGGUCGGAUAGAACAGUACGGAAUUGCACGAACUGGAGAACAAAAUAUUCAAAUCGACGCCGUGCUAAGUCCACUUGAUGUGGCAGUCCAAAAUGGCCAUCUGGAGGCUGUACAGCUCCUUAUUAAGUCAAAGGCCAAAUUCGACAAAGUGCUGCCUACAAUAACACCCUUGGAUAUAGCUCAACGACAUGGUCAUCGUGGAAUAACUACAAUUUUGAAAGCAGAAGACAUAAAAAGGAUAAUGGAAUCGAGGAGAAGAAGGAAGGAAGAAGCAGAAGACAAUGAGAAUGUAGGAGAAUUGGAAGAAAGAAAGGGGCGAGUAGGAGACGAUAAAGGGAAGGAAAUGAGAAGCACAAGAGAAGGAGGAGAGGACACGAAGCAGAAUAGCAAUAAUGAAUGGCAAAACGGAACUGAAACAAACGAGAGAGACUGUCGGAUACUUUAG